GAGUUACAUGAGUUAUGAGGACGGAAUGCCCGCAGGCGGUAACGGUCGUUUCCGCGGUUACCCUGCGCGGAUGUCCGAGCGACAACAACUCGCGCUUCUUCUGCAAAUGACCUCACAGGAAAUGGUAUCGGGUGGAAAUCGUUCGGAAAGUACAGGACCGAACAAUACGAAUACUUCGAGAUCGUCGACGUUGCAACAACAGAGAGGUUCCAAAGGUCGAUGGACCAAUAAAAAUGGAGAAUCGUCUGUUCAAUCGUCGAUUGGCCGUAAGGAAGAUUUUCGCGUGCGGCCAGUACUCGUGAAUGGUUACGAUCUUAAUGCGAAGGAAGCUGCUAGCGACAUUCCAGGUGCAAACUCGCCCAACGAAUCGUCGACGACGUGUACGGCAACAACGACGACGACGACGACGACGACGACGACGACGGCGACGACAGCAACAGCAACAACGACAACUGCGACUACGACUACGACUACGACUACGACCACUACUGAUAGUCCAAAUCGUUCUCCCCAAAUCGAGAACGCGGACGUAACGCCGGUUAUAACGACGAUCGUCUCGACGACAACAACAGCGACGACGACUACGACAACUAAUACAACGGUAACGUCAUCGAAUGAGCAACAAGAACAACAACAAUCUUCGUCGUCGCUUUAUCAGCAACACUACAAUCAUCACUCACAAUAUCAACACCAACAGCAGCAACGCACGACCGGAAGUGCGUCAAUCGCUGCACCGCACGUCGCCGAAGACAGUGGAGCCCCCUGUGAAAUGCGGAGGACACCACCACAAAAUAAAGUCGAUAGAUCGGGAACCGGGCAGUCUGGAAGCUCGCCGAGGGUGACGCUCCGGCUCAACCAGGUACGAGGAGCAAGGGAUGAGAAAAAAGGGGGUACAUCAAACUCCCGUCAGGGUGCUAUAAACGCACAGAGUCAGGGACAAAUGGAAUCGUCGUCGAAGAUGCCAUUAAGUGGUUCAUCGGCUAUCACAAACGUUUCUGGAUCAAAUGGAUCCGGAAAUGCAUCAUCUUCCGCAGAUAACGGUGACGUUUACGAGUUUAAAAGCUCGAAAGAACCUACGCCCGUAAGAGGAACAAGUUCUUCGCCGAAUCCUAAUCCUGAAAAGGAUAAGGAGAACGGCAAAUCGUUGUCCGGACAAAUAGGUCAAAACAAUGGUAAUAAUACAACGACGACAGGUGGAUCGACAACGACUACUACCGAUUCCACAGCUGCUUCUUCUACAUCCGACGAUCCCUCAACGAUUUCCUCAUCACCGUCGACGAAACGAGCUUUCGAGGGUGACAAUGCCGAUGAUCAAGACGAAGAAAAUCGGCGAAAGAAGCGUAAAGAUACGGAAAAUGUAAAAGACGGUGUUAAGAGUACACCAACUGGAAGACAAAGUACUGGCAGAAAUGCCACAAAUGCAGGAGAAAAAUGUACGAAAUCUGGAAAGCAAAAUUCCAAUACUGUAUCCGGAAAAAAUAAUCAAAACGCAGCGUCUAAUGCUGCGGAUAGAAAAAGUCCGAGUACAGCUUCGAUGGCGAGUAGUCCUAAACCUUCGAAUACACCUGUUGGUUCCACAACAAAUACGAAAACUGCUGCAACGCCUGUAUUACCUGAAUCCGACGGUGAAGACGAUCGUUCUAAAAGUUCUGAUUCGGGUUCGGCUCCUAAAGUUCCACCUUUGAAAAUAGUUAUACCACAGAGUACUACGUCCGAACAGGAACAGGGUAAUAGAAACGGAAAGAAUACAUCUAAUAGAAGUCAUCAAUUGCCUUACGUCGUUGCUAGUUCUAAUAGUAACGAUUCGACGGACAAAGAUCAAAAUCAAUCCGCCAGCGGUACAACUAGUCCUACGGAAAAUGGAAGUGGGACGAAAGUCGAUGAUAAAAAAGAUUUUACUGGUACUCUACAUUCUGAAGAAAGAUCGACCCAUCAUCAAAGAGUUCUUAGAAGUUCGCAUAGAACUGGUAAUGGUAACAAUGGUUCAACAGCAUCGAAAGAAGUAUCAGGAUCUAAUGCUGGUAAUGGCAACUACUCCAAUUCUUCUCCUUUACCUGUAGCUACGACCGAUCGAUCUAACAAUUCUUCGCCGCAACAAAGACAUCAUUCUCCGCCGCCUGAAAAUACUAAUUCGGAAUCUAAUAAACCUGCUUCUGCCGAAUCAUCGAAUACUGGAACUAUAACAAAAACGAGUACAGCUGCAGAAAAAUCGGAAAAGAAUACCGAAUCUACAGGAAAAAAUCAGAAAGAUACAGGAGUAGAAAAUUCUGAAAAUAAUACUACUGCAGCUUCAUCUGCCGCUUCUAGUACCACUACUUCUUCUGCUCCUGUCGAACUACAUCCUAGAAAAAGAAAGAUGAAGCCUAAUAAAGAAGCUCAACAAGCUGCAGCAACAGCUGCAGCUAAUGAAGCAGCGGAAGCAAAUAAUACAGGACCAGAAGUCCAUCCGCAUGAUCAACCUAUUACUAAUUGUUACCAAUUAUUCUUAAAUAUUAGAAAACAGAUUGAACGAAGAAGAAAAGGCCUAUUUCCAGUUCAACCAAAACCUCCUCAAGGUUUUAAAGAUUAUUUGAUGAAUCGUUGUACAUAUGUAUUAGCUGGAAAUGCAAACAACGAACCGAAUGUUAAUCCACCAGUUAGUUUGCAAAGUCUUAUGAAAGAUUUGUAUAUAGAACAAGAAAAAGAGAGAUAUCGACUUAGGAUGCAACACGUUGUAGAGAAAGAAAAAUUAGUAUUAUCUGUGGAACAGGAAAUUCUUAGAGUUCAUGGCAGAGCAGCCAGAGCUCUUGCCAAUCAAUCACUUCCUUUUUCAGUUUGCACUAUUCUUAAAGACGAAGAAGUUUAUAAUGUUAUUACUCCAGAGCAAGAAGAAAAAGAUAGAAAUGCACGAAGCAGGUAUAAUGGGAGAUUGUUUUUAAGCUGGCUGCAAGAUGUUGAUGAUAAAUGGGAAAAGAUAAAGGAAGCAAUGUUAUUACGACAUCAUAAUGAAGCCGAAUCCUUACAUGCCGUUCAAAAAAUGGACUGGGAGUGGAAAUUAAAAGAAGUUGGACUUUGUGAAUUUAAAGCAACACCUCAAAUAGAAGAUGUUCAUGUACCAAUGGUACAUGUUUCAGAUGACUUUGACUUACUACCUGCUUAGUAUACAGUGACUGAACAAUCAUAUUGUACGUUUCUAUCAUGUACCUUUAAAUUAACUUUAAGAAUGGUCGUUAUUUAAUCUGUGAUCUCUUCAUUAAUAUAUCCGCUCUUUUGCACACUUAUUUUUCAUAUAUAAGUUCAGUGUAUGACAAAUGCAUCCGAGGCUGUAGUUAGAAUUGGUAUUAAAUAGUUAGAAUGAAUAUUUGUACUCUUUCAACUGGUUUUCUAAAACCAUUACAAGAUUUUAAUUAAUCUCUUGUUUAAUUAAUCGUAUGCUUUUAAGUGAAUUAUUCGAAAUAUGCAAAAGCUUGAUUGCAUAAAGAGGCAAAACUUUCAAUAACUUUGUACAAAGUUUAUCAUUCUUUAAAUCUCAAGUGAAGACUCAUUAAAAAUGAUCAUUAAUAAUUAUGAUCAAAAUUUCAAUAAUGUUUCUUAUAUUGGAAACAAAAGAUAUUUAAUUUUCGCGUAUUGGUUUGUACAUAUUUUGUAACUAGUUAUAUGUAUCAUAAAUAAAUUAAUAAUGUAUAGUUUCUUUUCAAAGUAAGAAAAAAUGUGUAUAAUAAAUAUGAAUGCUUUGAGAUAUUAAAUUAUAAUGUUUAUAUUUUAUUUUGUCUUUUCAGAGAAAUCUUUUUUGAUAGUUACAUUAUCUAAAUUAGGAUUACUCAACUUGUAAUCUAUUGGUUUAUCAAAUCCCAUUAUUUUUUGAUAAUGACUGUAAUCAUUAAAAUAAUUUUCAUCAAAUAGUAAUGGUUUGCCUUUAAUAAAGCAUGUUGUAAUCAUAGCAUUAAUCUUUGGUAGUGCGACAUCAGCUGGUGUAAAUUCAAUCUGCAAAAUAUAAAUUUUAUCUAUAACUUUUUUACAAACUAAAAACCUUUAAAUUUAUACAAAGAAUUAUAGAAAAUAUAUUACAUACUUUAUUUUCACGAAGAAAUAAGCUGUAGGUUGUAGCAAGGUAUUUGUCUCUUUCAGAAUCAUAAUAAAUAUAUGUCACAUAUCUCCUUGUUAUUAUAUGUAAUAACACAGUUAUAAAUAUUGAAAACAUUGUAAAUACAAUGGAUCCUACAAUACCUAUUAUACUGUCCAGUGUACUACAAUUUGUAAUAAAAAAAGGUUGUAUUGCAA